AUAUUACAAGAUAGAGCAUCACCUUUAAUAGAACAAUUAUCAUAUUUUCAUGAUCAUGCUUUAAUAAUUUUAGUAAUUAUUACUGUAUUAGUUGGCCAAUUAUUACUAUCACUAUUUUUUAAUAAAUUUUUACAUCGUUAUUUAUUAGAAGGUCAAUUAAUUGAAAUUAUUUGAACUAUCUUACCAACUAUUACUUUAGUUUUUAUUGCCAUUCCUUCUCUACGAUUAAUCUACAUUUUAGAUGAAAUUAAUAAUCCAAUAAUUACUAUUAAAACAAUUGGACAUCAAUGAUAUUGAUCUUAUGAAUAUUCAGAUUUUAAAACUAUUGAAUUUGAUUCAUAUAUAAUCCCAAUUAAUGAAAUAAAUUCAUUUAACUUCCGUCUUUUAGAUGUAGAUAAUCGAGUAAUAAUUCCUUUUGAAUCAAAUAUUCGAAUAUUAGUUACAUCUGCAGAUGUAAUUCAUUCAUGAACAAUUCCUUCACUAGGAGUAAAAAUUGAUGGUACUCCAGGACGAUUAAAUCAAACAAGAUUUUCAAUUAAUCGAUCAGGAUUAUUUUAUGGUCAAUGUUCAGAAAUUUGUGGAUCUAAUCACAGAUUCAUACCAAUUGUAAUUGAAAGAAUUUCACCUAAAUAUUUUUCUAAAUGAAUUAUUAAAAUAAUUGAAUUAU